CCCCUUCCGGUUUUACUUUCACUUUGAGUUCGACAUGGCUGCUACACGCAUCACUUUACCAGGGACCGAUUUAAAAGUCUCACGAAUUUGCCUAGGAUGUUGGCAGUUUAAUGGGGGUGAAGAUACUGUAAAUUGGGAUGCUCAAACUCCAGAGGAAUCUAAAGCAAUAGUUGACAAAUGUUUUGAGAUUGGUGUUAAUUUCUUCGACACCGCAGAGGGUUAUGCAGGGUCUGAGGAGGUUUUGGGGGCUGCCCUGGAGGGCAGGAGACAGGACGCAGUUAUUGCCACUAAGUUUGGAUUCCGUGAGGGGCCCAUCACCCCACCCUACACGGCCCAGCAGAUCGAUGAAGCUGUCACUACGAGUCUCAAUAAGCUCAAGACUUCGUACGUCGACCUGUUGCAGGUACACUUUCCCAUCUUUUUGGACAAUAUGGAAGACUCCGUGAAGGAGCUGAAUCGACAGGUUUCUCUGGGACGGAUCAAAUACUAUGGAGUCUCGAACUUUGGACCAGUCAACAUGAAGAACUUUGUGGAUGCCGGCGGUAAACCUGUCUCAAACCAGAUUGGCUAUAAUUUACUGUGGCGGUCGGUGGAACAUGAAGUUAUACCUGUGUGUGAGAAGUAUGGAGUCAGCAUCCUUGCCUACUCACCGCUACAGCAGGGUCUUCUGUCAGGGAGGUUCCUGAAGGUGGAUGAUAUACCUAUGGGCAGAAGACGUGGGAAACUCUUCUCUCCAGAGAGCUGUCAUUUAGCAAGGCAUGGGCAAGAGGGUGCAGAAAAAGAAGUGUUUGAGGCAAUUACCAAGAUGAGUGAUAUAUGCAAAAAGGCCAAUGUUCCCAUGGCGAAGGCAGCGUUGUCGUGGUUGGUGAACCAGCCUAAUGUACCAGUGGCCAUAGUGGGCGCUAGAACACCGGAGCAAAUGGUGGAGAACUGUGAAAUUAUAGACCUUCCUCAGAAGGUUGUCCACGAGUUGACAGAUGCCACAGAGGCUGUAAAGAAAAAGAUUGGGAAGUCACUUGACCAGUGGGCACAUCCUGACCGUUGUGAAUGAAUCUUGGGAAUGCUAGAACUCUCAGAAUAAAUCUGCAGUUUGCAUUUGCUCUCUUGUAUGUAGAAGUUAACCUGAAAUAUUGUGAUUUCAGUAAUUGUGAUCCGUUUUUCAAAUGUAAAAUCAGUCACAAAUUGAUUGUUCUUUUUAAUUAAGAUUUUAUACAGUAUUUUUUGUACAAUGAUUAUCUUUUGUUAUGAAUACAGAUAACAGGUAUUUUACUCAUUAGUCAGGUCACUAAAGGUCACAAUUUUAAUAAUUUCAACAAUCAUCAUAAUGAUAUUUUCAGCAGCGUAUAGUGAUUUUGCUUGUUGAUUGUAAAGGAUGUGAUAGUCAUUGUGAUUGAUGCAUGAAUUCAGAUAUGAAAUAAAUAAAUGUAUUCAACACUA